CAAACGGCCCCUGGGUCACCAGUUCCCGUAGGAACUGGGUCCCGCAAGAGGGUUGAAGAGGCAGGCCUCAGUGGUGGUGAACAAAGGAAGAAAAAGAAAAAUGACCCUCACACGAAGAGUAUUAAGACCAAGAAUGUGACAUGCAUGCAGCAAGUUGAUCGGCCCACCCUCGAGCCACUCAAUGACGUGGUCCGAGUAAUCGAGGGCCAUGACAUUGACUUUGGUUCCAAAUAG